CACAUUAGAUGGCGAAUCACGAAUCUACUGACUUGUUUCAUCGAAGGUCUAACAAAAAAAUCAAGUACCUAACGAAGCUGAAAAUCUCAAAACCAUGCAUGUGAUGCUUCUUGUAAUUGUGGCUGUCUCUCUUCUGCUACCGCCUUUGAGUUCUCAGUUAUUUGAUGCCGUUUGCCCAGAUAAAAAAAGCUUUGUGACAAGUACAGCAAACAGUGGAAUGAACUGUCUCUUAAAAUUGAAGAGAAAUGAGCAUUUACCCAAAUCACCAGUGCGAUGUUAUAAUUGGAGCAACACUACAGUACAUGAUUGUCGCAUUCUGUGUUCCGACACUUACUAUGGGCUAGUUGAGUCAGGGAAGAUGGCAACAAAAGAAUGCCCAAAUAACGAGACUGGAUGUAUGAGAAUAAAAUGCGAGAAAGGAAACUACGUAUCAGAAGAAAACUUUUGUUUGUUGGCUGAAUUGAGCAACAUUCUGGAGUCCACUCGGAACAAAACUGAAUUAGCAAAGAACCUUCCCGAAUUAGUCAAGCAAUUGGCCAAUAUCUCAACAAGUAGAGCUGUCACAGAACCUGGAAACCUCGCAACCACAGUUGAAAUCCUCACGGCUUUUACAUCUGUAACAAAUGUUUCUGUUAACCUGUCCGUAGCGCAGGAUUUCCUUGUCACAAUAAACGCUAUUAUUGAUCAAUCUACCCUGCCAUCCUGGAAAAUAGUGACAGAAUACAAGAACAUCAGCUCUCAAUUACUGUUGUCUGUAGAACAAAUUACCAGGCUAUUGUCUCCAACUGAAGAAACUUUCAACAUCACAAAGCCUAAUGUUCAGUUGAAGGGAGUGAAGAUUAACUCCAAUUCUCAUAAGGAUUAUGAAUUGAAUUUCAGUGACUUUAUAUUUAGAAAUAUAUCAUUAACCAGUUUUGUGAGAAUUGAUCAAAAUGAUUUGCUAAUGCUCCCAAAUGGUUCCCUUGUUAUCAGCGUCGCAUAUGCAACAUUGAUUGAUAUCCUUGGCCUAUUAAACAAGGAUUCGAACAGCACAGCCAAAUUGAAUGGUCUUGUUGUGACAACAACAGCAGAAAAUUCUUCAAUUAAUAUCGAGAUGGUUUUCUCAACACUGAACAAUACAUUUGAUCUCGAUACUGCUAAGUGUGUGUUCUGGAACUUUUCUCUGAAUGGAGGGGAAGGAUGGGAAUCAACGGGAUGCACCGCUGAAACAAAUGGGGACAAUGUUGUUUGCAAGUGCAAACACCUGACUUCCUUUUCUUUUCUGAUGUCACCUUAUUUACGUGAAGAAAGCAUAACCCUGAACAUCAUAAGCCUGAUUACAACGGGAAUAUCUAUUGGGUGCUUGAUAAUUGGUCUUAUUAUAGAGGCAGUUGUGUGGAAGCAUGUGACCAAAACUAAGACAUCACAAGCCCGUCACAUGAUGAUGCUGAAUAUUGUUCUAUCCCUACUUGCAACUGAUGUAUUCUUCAUCACGUCUCACUAUCUGAAAGCAAAAACAAUAAUCUGCAUAGUGACUAUUUUCUUAAUGAACUUUUUUUAUCUUUCUUUGUUUUUCUGGAUGUUUACUCUAGCACUUCUGCUUCUUUAUCAUUUGGUUUUUCUUUUCAAAGAUUUCAGCAAAACAACAAUUAUGAUCAUUUCAUUUGCUCUUGGCUACUUGUGUCCACUAAUAAUUUCCAUCAGCGCUUUUGCAGUUGGCUUCCCUCAAAAUCAUUACAUACAACAAGAGAAGUGCUGGCUCAGCAAAGAAAAGCUUUACCUGCAUCAGCUUUUUAUUGUCCCAAUAUCGAGCAUCAUUGGGAUGAACAUCUUCAUUACGUUUCUUGCCAUAUUUAAAAUACUGAGACCAACCGUUGGGGACAAGCCAAAGAACAGUACCAAGGACACUAAUAAGACCAAGCAAGUCUGUAGAAGUGUUGUUAUCCUCAGCUCAGUCCUGGGCCUCACUUGGGCACUUGGAUUUGUAUUCUUUUACAAAGAUUCCUCCAAAAUCUUCGAUUAUGCAUUUAAUAUCCUCAAUGGACUCCAGGGAUUCUGUAUUUUGAUUUUUGGCAUACUCAUGGACAGUAAGAUACAAGCAGCGUUAAUGCAGAGGUUUGAACAAUCACCAAAUUCUUCUCAAAAGACGAAACUAAUUGUCAGUACAACUUCAAAUACUUAUUGAACAUCUGGUGAUGAAGUAUUUUUCAAUAAAAGGUUCCUGGAAUAUUACCGAGCAAUUACGUGAAAGAGAUCGGGUUACUUCAUGGGACAUUCGACUUGUAUAUGAGAGAUUGGCAUUUAUUCAUUUAUAAUUGUGCGUGUGAAUCAUUUAUAAUCAUGGUGCACUGAGAUUCCAACACACUGUGCUAUCAUUAAUAAUUAUGGGAAUGGUUAAUGCAGUAGAAAUCAUGUGAAAGGCAAAAAUGUUCAUAACAUCUUGGAGGUAGCAUCAUAGAUUGCAAAGACAUGAUCAAUAGA